GAAAAAAAAAAAAAAGAUUCCAAGAACCCGAACCGAAAGGGGGCGAAGAAAAAAACCCUAAACCGCUAUCGUUGUUGAACCUUCCUCCCCCGAUCUCUGAGUCUAACCCUAAUCUCCGCCGUCUGUUUCUCUCUUCUUCCUUGGAUUCAGCCUCUUUUUCAUCCCCAUCUCUCAGCUAUGGUCGUUAACGCCCGUCCCCUCAAGAGAAUGAAGAGACGUGUUACUGCUGAUCUCUUCGACUUCCUCUCUUUCCCUUCCUCCUCCAUGUCCACCUCCGCCACCGAUCAUGAUUCCGACCACGACCACCUCUUCACCGGCCCCUUCCGGACCAACGUCCACACCUUCCUCACCAACCACGCCCUCCCUCCUCCCCCUUCUUCCCUCUUCCCUCACCUCCUCACCUGGCAGAUCCUCUUCCGCGUCGGCGACCUCGUCGACGGCCCCGAUUCUCAACCCGCCGUCGUUUAUCUCGAUAUUGUCGAGGAGGACGUCGCCAGAUCCAGAUCCGUCUACUGCGAUCAGUGCCGUGUUGUUGGGUGGAGUGCACAUCCUGUGUGUGCCAAACGAUACCAUUUCAUAAUAAAAGCUAAUGGAAGCUCCAUUGGAGGAUAUCAUAAGCCAUGUAUGUGCUGUGGAGACGUCUUGCAUCUCUCCGAGUCCAAAUGCAAGUCGUGCAAUCAUGUAACAAGCACAGAUGAUGUUGAAGACUGGGUGUACCAGCAGCUAGAGAACAAUACUCAUCUUUUACAUGCUGUGGUUCACUCAAAUGGUUAUGGACACCUUCUCAGAGUCAAUGGAAGAGAGGGUGGUUCAAGGCACUUAUCAGGAUGCCAUAUCAUGGAUUUUUGGGAUCGAUUUUGUAAAAUGCUUGGAGUGAGAAAGGUAAGUGUGAUGGAUGUGUCUAAGAAGUAUGGGCUUGAGUACCGGAUGCUUCAUGCCAUCACCAAGGGCCAUCCAUGGUAUGGCGAGUGGGGUUAUGAAUUUGGUGCUGGUAGUUUUGGAGUGACUCUUGAUGCCUACAAAAUGGCUGUUGGAACCCUCUCCAGCCUUCCUCUCUCAAUCGUUACAUCACAAGGACGGAAGCCUCGUUCUCAACUUCAGGACAUAAUUUCAUAUUAUCAGUCUUUGUCAGAGCGUAAGCUUGUUAAUGUGAGAGAUCUCUUCAGGUUUCUGAUGAGCUUAAUUCAUAACAUUCGUAAGUCAUCGUCAACCAUUAAUGAUGUAACGGAUGAAAAGCAGCAGUCAAGGGUCUUGUGCUCGUGGACUAGAAGUGAUGUUACACGUGUUGAAGAAGCAAUGUUGAAAGUGCUGCAUGCAGUAUCUGGGUCAAAUUGGGUAAGUUGGCGCACCCUUAGAGGUGCUGUGUGCAAAGCAGGUCCCCCUGAACUUCUUGAUUAUUGCCUUAAGAAUCUUGGGGGUAAAGUAUCAUCUGAUGGGAUGGUUGUUAAUUCUCAUCGCAAUCCUCAAUCAGGUGCUUUUGAAUACAGGCUCGAACCGGGCAAUGUUUCAUCGAAUACAGCCACUGAUUGCACCGUGUCCUCCCUCUCUAGCUUCCCAUCUGAAGAAAAUCUUCUGUUGGACUUAAGGUUUUUGUACGAUGCCAUGCUUCAUCCACAUUCUAUGGUAAACUAUGGGCCCCAGGCAACAAGGGAUGCAGCGGUGAGCUCAGCCGUGAAGCUGAUAGACUGCAAGCAGUUUGUAAAAGAUUAUAAACCUGAGAAGCUACUGACCAAGUUGAAUCCUUUUUCGAUAUGCCUCUCAUGUGAGGUUGAAGUUGUGGAAGACUCGAAAGACAACUCCUCAAGACCUCCUCCGGAACUAGUUGUACUUCCAUCUAAUGCAACCAUGUCUGACCUGAAGCUUGAAGCAUCAAAAGCUUUCCAAGAUGUUUACUUGAUGUUCAAAAGAUUUCAAGUAGAAGAAAUAGUCGACCAUGGCGGUGUAGAUGAUUCCACCCAGGUCAAGCUAUUAUUUGGACAAACCGAAUCAGUACGUGUGAGAGGAAGAUGUCAAGGGAAAAUGGCACUGAACAGGUUCCGAAUGGAGAGGGGAUUGGAAAGGUGGACUGUGGACUGCAGUUGCGGAGCCAAGGACGAUGAUGGGGAGAGAAUGCUAGCUUGUGACUUGUGCAACAUUUGGUGGCAUACGAGAUGCUCAGGGAUUCAAGACUCGGACAAUGUCCCAGGGAAAUUUGUAUGUUAUAAAUGCAGAAGCUCGAUCGUUGCAAUGAAUACGAAUGGAGAAAUGGAGACGGAUACUCUAUCUAGACUAGGCUAUGUUAAUUGAGAUUUUUAAUUUGUAUAUAGUUUUGGUUUUGGGUUUUUGUUGGGGAGGGCAAGGGAGAGGAGGGACGAAAAGUUGAUUGAUUGUUGUUAGGGGGUAGUGAAUGUGUAGAUGUGGUGAGAAGUUGGGCCAAAAUCAGUGAUUAGAUUUGUUGUUUCCUGGUUUUGUUAUUCUUGUGUAUAUGUUCAACUGAUAGGCGAAACUUGGGAUUUAUAUGACAACCACUGAAGGAAAAAAAAUACAAAACAAAACAAACAAAUGAGAAGAGAG